AUGCUUCAACAUCUUAUCACUUGUCUAAAAACUCCAAAAUCAUUAAAGGAUUCUAUGAAAACUAUAAAAGAUAGCUCGUCCAAAACAGAAAAACCCGAACUGCCGAUAAAUAAUUCUCUUCCAAGUGCCUCAUCGUCUGCUAACAGUACGAUGAAUACUGAGUUUCAAGAGAGCAAUGAUCAUGAUGACAUAAAAAUAAAAUUAGCGAGAGCUAUAUUUGUAACAGGGACGCCAUUAUCGAUGGUGCAACAUCCUUUAUGGAUACAAUUUUUCGAAAAAUUGCAACUAAAUUUUAAAAUACCUUCAAGUAAAACUGUAGCGACAAAAUAUUUAGAUAAAAUAUAUAGAGAGAUGCGUCUAGAGUUAAAUGAGGAACUAAACUCUUGCACUUACUUACACCUUCAGUGCGAUGGCUGGUCUAAUAUAAGAAAUGAAGGAAUAAUAAACUUUCUUAUAUCAAAACCUCGACCUGCAUAUAUAAAAAGUUUAUAUACAGAAAGUAAUCGUCACACUAGUGAAUAUCUUUGCCAAGAAAUUGAAAAAGUAAUGCAAGCGUAUGGAGAAAAUAAGUUUCUUGUACUUAUUGGCGACAACGCCAGAAACAUACAAAAGGCAUUUCAAUUAAUAAAACUCAAAUAUCCACAUGUUGUUCCUCUCGGUUGCUGUGCACAUGUCCUUAACUUGUUAUGCCAAGAUAUCAUAAAGGUACAAGAGAUUACUUUAUUUAUAAUGCAAGUCAUAACUAUAAUAAAAUAUUUUAAAAAGAGCCAACGACUGACUUCACUUUUGAGAAAAUUCAGUCAGGGCCAAGAUUCUACACAAACACUAAAAUUGCCUUGUGUUACUAGAUGGGGAAGUCAUAUUACUUCAUUAAAAAGUUUAAAAGCAAAUAGGUCAGCUUUGCAAAUAUUGGCAGUUCGAGAAGACGUGGAAAUUGCAAGAGAUAUUAAAGAUUUAAUUCUAAGUGAUGAUUUUUGGACGAAGACAGGUGAAUGUAUAAGUAUUUUGGAACCAGUCACUGAAAGUAUAUUUUACUUAGAGAGCGACCAGAAUCGUAUAUAUCGCACAUACAUUACAUUUAAAGAUAUACAAGCUAAGAUACGUUUCACUUUAACUGAUAUUUCAACAUUGAGCGAAGAAAGCAAACAGCAAAUUCUAACAUCAGUCUCUUCAAGAUGCAAUAUGGCAAUUAGACCAAUACAUUUGGCAGCAUAUAUGCUAGACCCUACAACUCAGGGAUAG